AUGCUUGCCAGGUACUUCAGCUCCUCCUGGCAGCAGUUCUCCUCCUACUCUCCUGUCAAUGGGAAUGUUCCACCUGCCACAGAUGAUAACCGGUCUGGCCCACGCAAGACUGCCGCGAGGAACUGCCCCAGCGUCGCUGACAUCCAGUCUUCGCGACGACUGCGCAUAUGUCUGCCGAUUGCGGUCUUGUUGAUUCUGGUUGUCUCUGGCCACCGUUACGAUACGCUUGCUCGCAUCCCCUCUAGCUGGGCCAAGGGGGGAGCCUCCUCGAACGAACAGACGACGGCGCCGGCGCCGGCAGUGGAUUUGAUCGUAGAUGCGAGCAAGGUCGACUGGUCACGGUUUGCUUAUACGCAAUACGUUACCGAUAGCCAUUAUCUAUGUAACUCGGUCAUGCUCUUCGAACGUUUGCAGCACGUCAGAAGCCGAGCAGACCGUAUGCUAAUGUACCCGUUGUAUAUGUAUAACCCCGAUACGGCAUGGGACAGUAUCGUUAGCGAUAACGCCCGCUUGGUAAUAAAGGCCCGUGAUGAGUAUGGCACGCAGCUAGUACCUAUCGAGGUGCAAUACCGGGACUACGACCGGGUGCUCUUGCUUGACUCGGACUCGGUAGUCCUGCAGAACAUGGACAAGCUCUUCCUGCUACCGCCCUGCACGAUGGCGAUACCGCGCGCGUAUUGGCUAUACCCGGACACCAAGAUCCUGAGUUCACAGGUCAUGUUGAUACAGCCGAGCACGGCCGAGUUCGCGCGCGUCAUAGACAGGGUCGCAGAGGCGGCACGCAACGACUACGACAUGGAGAUUGUCAAUUACCUCUAUGCCGAUAGCGCGCUGGUGCUCCCCUACCGGCCUUACGAUUUGCUGGUGAGGGAGUAUGUCCGGGAGCCCGAUCAGCAUACCGCUUACCUCGGCAACGACCGCGAGGAGUGGGACGCAGUCGCCGUUUUCAAUGAGGCCAAGUACUUAUACUGGUCCGACUGGCCCAUGCCAAAGCCGUGGCUCGACAUACCAGAAAAGGCGAGGUUGGAUCGCGAGCUAAAGUGUCAUGUAAGGAACGGCGUUGAGUCCUGCGCCGAGAGGGAUCUGUGGAAUGGUUUUUACCAAGACUUCGCGGAAAGACGGAAGCGGGUGUGCGGAUCCGUUCCUGGGGAAUGAUCGCACCGAUUGAGGCGAAGAGGGCGAGCUUAGGUAGGGCAUUUGGACGGUCAGUAUGGUGAGGUCGUCGUUGCUCUGGUGGGUCAUACGAGUUGGAUCGUAAAUCGGAGCUAAAGCAGGGACUCACCUGUAUGUGGGAAAUGACUUGUUUGGCAUUAGAUCCAGGUAUGGCGUACGGAGCUGGAAACGGAAGGUGGCACCUGGUGAACCUCGGGUCUUUACAACUCAAACAGU